AUGAGCAAACGGACUCUCAUCAGUGAUGUCCCCCAGACUCCCGGAGGAGUUCAUUUAUGCUUUGGGGACGUUUCGGCCGAUGAAAUUGCCGUUGACGAGGAAAUUUCUAUCAAGUCAUCCCUCUUCCGGACGUCUACUGAGCCGCAUAUGAAGACGCGCUCAAGUUCCAGGAAAAAGUCUUUGGUUACCCCUAAGACGAAAGAAAAGUUUGUCGUACGGAAAUCGACAGAUCUUAGGAGGUUUAAAACUGUAGAAGAUCGUGUGAACGCUCUAAUAUCAAGUCCGAUGAUUGAGGUUCGACGCCGCCCCUUGAGUCAAUCUCAAUCAUUCACUUCAAUGGAAUAUCUUAUACUUCAAUGGUGGGCUGUCAUACAAUGUGCUGACGCCAUCCUUAACCGCAACGCAAAAAUCGUAUGUGUCGGCUGGUUAGUUUCACGUUCGUUAGUCGCCCCAAGAACUCUUGAAAGUCCAGUCCAAGAAGCUGCCAACCUCGAUGCAGAACCUGAGCCAAUGGAUGACUCCGAAAAUAUACCACCUGGAACUGAGACGGAGCCGGCCCCCGAAACAGUGCAGGCUGAACAGAUGGAGCCGUCAUCCAUAGGAGAGUUUCGUGUUCUUGUUGACAUGGAGGCCGCUAGACUGAAAGCUGCGAGGGCAGCGUGGGAGGAUGUUGUUGAGGAGGAGGGUAGCGCUAUACCUGAUGUUGGCAAUACAAAAACUAUUGCGGUAGAAAUAACAGAGCUCUACCUUUCAGCCCUUGAUAGCAUUCGCGUUGCAGUGGGCAAGUGUGGCCUUUUGCUUGCCAAGAAGUUCCCUUUCUUCCACAACCUUAUUGACAUGGCGGAUGCCAGUCCCAACUCGGCUACCGAAGAGUCAGCCCCCUCUGCCGACAUCAACGAUUUACUCGGUUAUUGGACCACGAUCGCCGCCGAGAUUGAGCAAAUUGACAGUGCAUUCGAGCGCCUCCGAGUUUGGCGUGAGAAUUCUAAGUGGGCACUGGAGUCGAGACCUAAGACACCGAGUCGGUAUGAGGCAAAGAAAGAGACGACUAAGCCGUCUUCCCGCCUUCCCCGUGCCAAGGCGUUGAAUCCCUCCGCCUUACCGAAGAACAUCGUCAAUAAAAUCAAGGCUACUCCUAAAUCCUCUAAGCGUCUUCUCCGCUCCGGUAAGAAAACGGCCUCGAAGAUCCCCGCUCCGUCAGUACCCAAGAGGUCUACUUUCGCCGAAUUUCGGGCUCAACUGAAGGCUAAGAGAGCAGAAACUUUCAAAACUCCAGAGGCGCCCAAGGUGGCAAAGACGACUAGUGAGUCCUAUUACCUAGUUCUUUGCGCUUUUCGCAACUGCCAGGAAACACGUCUGGUCUUAAGGCUAGAUGUAUUGCACUUCUCGGCAUCAGUAUGCACAGUGAGAUUUUUUUAUCUUUCUAUUCUUCACACUCGUGCGAACAAACUCGCGUCAGAUAUCACACUUAAUUCAGCGAACCCCUAUCAGUAA